AUGGAUAUGGAGACCACAAGCGAUGGAGGUACAGGAGGUCGUGUAGGGAAAGAUGUUGCUGCUCUUACAGUCCAUGACCUUGGAUGCAAUCACAAGGAAUUUUAUGAAUUUGUAAAUAAUGAACACAUGAGCCAGCUUACGCAACGCGUAUUUUGGAUUCAUGUUGAAGUACCCGGGCAAGGAGACAAUAUGCCUGAUCUCCCAUCUGAUUGGAAGUUCCCCACAAUGCAGAAAAUCGCGGAAGGUAUCUCCGAACUUUGUGACAGCCUUGAAUUGAAACAUGUGGUUGUUAUUGGCGAUGGUGCUGGUGCAAAUAUUGUUGCUCGGGUGGCCAUGGCUCGUGAGGAUAUUUGCCUUGGAGCUAUUCUCAUUCACUGCACCGGAACAACCGCUGGAUUUAUGGAGUCGCUUAGAGACCGCGUAAACUCAUGGAAAUUAAAUUCAAUCGGUAUGCAUCCGAGUGUAGAAAACUAUCUGGUGCUUCAUCGUUUUGGUGUGUUUGUAACAGCUACAACUGAAGCCGAAUUAUGGGGAGCUAUCAAGAAUUUCCUUCAGUCCCUCCGUGAGAAUAUCAAUCCUAAAAAUCUCAAUAAGUUUAUCCAAGCCUUCAUGGUGUGCCCAGUCCUCUUUAUUACGGGCUCAGUUGCCUCCUUCAACCAUACUGUUUACACGCUUUACAAUGCCCUUAUGAACGCUCUAAAGGAUCAGCCAGCUCGUAAGGCCAACGUUGAGCUUCUUGAGAUUGAUGGCGUGGCCAAUGUCAUGCGGGAAAGUCCAGAGAAAGUUGCUGAGUCAGUACAGAACUUCAUGCAAGGAUUGGGUGUAGCUGGUGGCGCAGUCAACCGGCGCCUAAGCUCAACAGGAAACGUUCCAAGGAUUCGGAACCGUUCUGCAUCCAUGGAUGAGUAUGACCAGCCUGUUGGAGUGAAGAAUCUUCUCUUUGACAACACGCGGCGCUAUUCCAAGGCCACUGACAUACCGGGCAUCACAGAGGUGGGAGAUCACUAA